GCACCCCGUGGAGCUGGCUGAGUGGAAAGCAAGGCUGACACGAUGGAGAGCUGGUCCCAUCGCGCGUGUCCACUGUUCCCUCCGUCCCUGCAGUCCAGGCCUCCUGGAAGCUUGGGGCGGAGCAGGAGGUGGCAAAGGGCUUUCACAGGGCCUUGGGGAGGAGGGCAGAGCAGUCGGUAUGUUUGGCUGAUGUCCUGCCUCUACCUCCAUUCUUGGCUAAGUUUAUCUUCACCACCUUGCUCCUCUCUUCUGUAGAACUGGGACAGCCCCACCUACCCCAUCGUAAACCCAAGGAACUCAGUGAGUAAUGAAUGUGGCAUAAGCAGGGAGAGGGGCAGGCUCCCCGCCGAGCAGGGGGGAGCCCCACGCUUGAUUUGAGUCUCAGUCCCAGGACCCUGAGAUCAUGACCUGAGCCGAAGGCAGAUGCUUAACUGACUGAGCCACCCAGGCGCCCUCUGACUUUAUUAUUAUUGUUUGUGCUGGACCGCGAAGGUUUGUUACUGUCCUGUAGGUUUCCAGAGGGCGACUGCUCCAGUAAGGAGUGAAAUGGGAGCGGGAGGACUGGGCAGGGGAGAGGGCUGUGUCUUGGCUGUGACCCUCCCCUCAUGGGCCCCUGCUGCCCGGGGCCUCACCACUGCUCCUGGCUCCUUCCUACAUUGAACUUCCGUCUGCACUACACCGUCGUACACCAUGGACACUGCCGCAGACCUUCAGUUGGCACCUGCGGGGACUGGUCUGGUGCCCCCAGGGCUGCUGUGUGGUCCCUGCCUGGGUCCUGCCUCAUUCACCUGGGCCGAGAAACCUGCAGCUCGGCGGUCCCCCGGGGCCCAGAAUACGUCUGGAAAGUACCAACUAAAAUGUCUUCUACCCACAGCCCCUCCCCUGCUGGAAGAAUUCAGGCUCAGAUUGGUUUAUUUAAUAGCUGUCAGUAGUUCAUGGAAUUUAGCUACGGCCCCAGAAUAUCAAGUAAUAUCUUCCCAAGGGUUUGGUUUCAACUCUGAGCUCCUAUUUGUUUAAGGGCAGGAACAUCUCAUUUUAAUGAGAAUACAGAUGGACAUAGUGCCCUUUUUUCACGUGCUGGGUGGGUUCUUUUCCCUUCUCACCACAAUUUUCCCCAGACACGGUGGACGCUUCGUUUCUUGGCUCAGAGAGGGCAGAGGACAUGCGGUGUCCAUUCCCUGGAACACUUGUCCUGGAGGAACGUGUGAUAGGCAUCUUCCUUGUUACCACCUCUCCACGCUUGUCCCCCCUUUGCUUCCUCUCCUUGAGCACUGGCAGCAGCGGUGCUGGCCGAGGGUGAGUGUGGGUUCCCGGUGAGGGGCCGGGGAGCCCUUUGGGCCCUGACGGGGCUGCAGUUGGUUUUUCAUGAGCAGACUUUGUCUUUAACUAGAACGGGGGCGACUUGGAUCUCCCGGGCAGGAAGCGUGUGGUUUGUCUGCUGUCCGUGAGAGCACAUGAUUCUCUGGGAAGCCGUGGAGCCUGGGCUAUGAUUCACUGGAGGAGGGGGGAAACAUGGAAAACAAUGUCUGUCUUUAAGCUCCGGGAACCAGGAAAAUGAGCUGGAAAUGAACAAGACUGCCAAUGGAGACUGCCGAAAAGACCCCCGGGAGCGGAGCCGCAGCCCCAUCGAGCGUGCCGUGGCCCCCACCAUGAGCCUGCAUGGCAACCACCUGUACACGUCCCUCCCCAGCCUCAGCAUGGAGCAGCCCUUAGCACUGACCAAGAACAGCAUGGACGCCAGCAGGCCGGCUGGCAUCUCGCCCACGCUGACCCCAGUGGAGCGGCAGCAGAACCGGCCUUCGGUGAUCACGUGCGCCUCCGCCAGCACCCGCAACUGCAACCUCUCCCACUGCCCCAUCGCGCAUAGCGGCUGCGUGGCGGCCGGGCCGGCCAGCUACCGGAGGGCCCCGAGCUCCACCACCACCUGCGACCCCGUGGUGGAGGAGCACUUCCGCAGGAGCCUGGGUAAGAACUACAAGGAGCCCGAGCCGGCGCCCAACUCAGUGUCCAUCACGGGCUCCGUGGACGACCACUUUGCCAAAGCCCUGGGUGACACGUGGCUUCAGAUCAAGGCGGCCAAGGACGGCGCAUCCAGCAGCCCCGAGUCAGCCUCACGCAGGGGUCAGCCCGCCAGCCCCUCCGCGCACAUGGUCAGCCACAGUCACUCCCCCUCUGUGGUCUCGUGAAGGGAGCGCCACCUGGAACAAGAUGUCAAUCUGCAUGGUUUGCCUGAGCUUUGAACAGUCAGUGCUUAAAAAACGGAAAAACAAAACAAAAAAAAAAUUGUGGGGGUGGGGUGGGGGGGAAGGGUAGGGAAGGGAUGGUUUAUUCGCAAAAACCAUGUCGUUGGGAUUUUUGUUCUGUUUUUGUACUUGCUUGGUAUUCGCCCCCGGGGGCCCGCAAACAUGAUCGCAGGAGCUGCACGUGGAACAUCUGACGUAGCUUCCUGCCUUCCUGCCUCAGUUACCAAAGAAACCUCUGAUGCAGGUCUGCCCCGCCGGGGGCCAGGACUCCACGGCACACGCUUUCUCAGUCACAAGCCAUGACGUUGGUGACCCAGAUGCUUUGUGCUUUUUAAUUUGCUUCUUGAGACCGGGUUGUGUGUGGCUUAGCUUCCAUUGCGUGUUUGGUCCGGCCCGCAUGUGUGUGCGUCUGCGUGCGUGCGUGCGUCUACUUGAAGAGAACAGAGAACUGUCGCGUCUGAUUUGCACUAUUGGAGGAGGGCUAAAGUUGCCUGCCUGACAACUUUCUGUGAGAUGCUAGUACUCUGAGGGCAAACUGCUGAAAAACAAAGGGUUUAAGGAUGACAUUUCUGACCAUUUGUGUAUUUUUUGUUUUUUUAAAUUUAGACAAAACAGCUUUGGAAGGGGAAGUCUCAUACAGGUUAUAGGUCUUUCUCUCUAGAUUUCAGGUGCUUGCAACUGGACUGCAGACUACCAAUCACGGGCAUUCUCCCUUUCCUAAACACUGCAGUUUGUUAGACUAGAGCUGAGGUUGGAGGAUUCUAUAGUGCUUUCAACGUGAUGCAUGUUUUAAUGGAGAAAAAUAGCUGGUUUCUAUUAAUUGUAUAGAUAUAGUAAACAAGAACCUUAAUACUUACUAGCUUCUUUUCAGAAUUAGUUUAUUUUUGUCAGUUACAGUCCUAGAUACACUUACUGCUGGUACAGUUGUACUCUGAGAUUUGUGUUUGAUGUUCACAUUACUCCCGAGUAGUGUGGGGCUGGCAGGCCCUGGAGACGGGCAGGCCAGUCGUGGGUCAGCCGCGGCGUAGGAUGCUGGAGUUUUUUUGCUGCCGGCUGACAUUUAUUUUUUGCAUCCCUGUCUGCUUAUUACUAGCUCCCAGGGGAGUCGGGGUUUGUGUCUUCCAACUUCCCUCCAUGCAGAAACUGCUCCCUUUCAACCCUCUUGGCUGAACAGCAGAUUACUGACAAUCUGUGAUACGGUAUUUUGUGUGCUUCCUCCUACGCUGGGGCCAAGGCAGUAUACAUUCCUCUGACUUUAUACAGUUAUCACUGCAUUUAUUAUCGUUUGCUAGAGUAAUAGCUACUAACUAGAAAUUAGGCGAAGAAGCAAGCAUGACGGACACAGCUGUGGAUGUUCAACAGCUGCUCCUCUUUUUGGGAAACAUACAUUUCUAACCCCCCCACCCCCGCCCCGCCCCAUUCCAGCCUCCAGAAGGCCACCAGAGGGCUAACAAAGUCACCUGGCCAGGUGACACAGGUGUGCCCGCCUCCCCUGGGAGGCACUGCGGACACCUGGGAGCCCUCCAGGCUGGUUUUGAGUAUAAGAAAAAUAUAGGUUAGCUGGUUACUUGUGAAAAUCGUCACUGGGCAAAAAGGUCAGCGAUCAGCUCUUGUGGUCCCAGGGUGGCUGCAGGUCUUUCCACAGGCGGAAGAAAAGCCCUUCCUUCUCCUCUUGCCCCUGCACACAUUUCACCCCCAUGUAACUGGGCUUCCAGGCUUUCGCAUUCGGGCCCCUAUAUUUUCUGUAGGAAAAAAUCGGUGAGAACACUUUUUUUAUAUAGGUAACUUUAAGACCAUCAUUACGCUGUGCGUAAAGAAUGUACAGAGAAAUUUGUAGGUAUUUUUUGAAGAACAAUUAAUUUGUUAAUGAUAUGUAGCUAUUUAAUUUCCCCUCUCCCAUUGUAAUCAUUCAUAUUUUUUUUUGUUUGGAAAAAAAGUUGAUCUUUUUUUUUUUUUUUUGUCGUAGAUUUGUCUGUAAAAGUGCAGGAACACAGUUAUUCUAUGAGAACACUGCAUCUGCCUUAAUAGCCACUAGUUUGUUAUUGCUCCAGGCUACUGAGCGCUGCGGCGGGAAAGCAGCCGCCGCUGGCGGGCUCUGUGAAGGGCGGGCUCCUCGGGCAGCAGCCUGUCGGCGGCCAGGCGCCCGGCCCCGGCACCGACCUAUCUGGGAUAGGCGGGCCCCUGGAGGGGCCCCGGGCGCACGGGGAAGCGGAAAACCAAACAUUUCACUGGGAAAGGACACACUCCCUGGCCUCAGGAGGAGCACAGUGAGUUCUUCACAGAGCCACGCCGUCGCAGUGCGUUCUGACCGUUCUCUCCAUGUUUGUAAAUCUGUAAUAUACCAUUCUCUGUGGCCUGUUUUUCCUGGAAGAAGAAGAAGAAAAAAAAAAGGUUUGGCAGGCCAUCUUUUUUUGUACUUAAAAGUAGCCUUAAGAACAAUAAUAAAGUGCUCUUAAACCAC